AGUGUUAUUUGAUCUUUGUGAUAACAAUCUUCCGCAAUGGGAACGAAGUUUUUAGCUCUAGGUUUGUCUCUUUGUCUCGUUCUCUCAAGCUUCUAUGAAGUUUCUUGUCAGGAUGAAGGAACUGGAGGUUUGAGUGUAGGUCUAAUCGAGCAUGAAUAUCAAGCUAAUGUCAAUUCUCUCCAAGGCAAUGAAGCAUCAGAUCAAACUGAGACCAGUGGUCAGAAAAACAGCACAGUGACUGAUAACAACACUAUAUCUCUGUCUCUAACUGAAGAAUCAGUGGAAACUCUUAAAGAAUCUGAAGACACAUCAGCUCAGGUAGGAGCUGUUACUGAUGAAGUCCAGAAAAGUUCGAGUAUGUUGGACCAUAUCGAACUUGAGUUCGAAGCCCAUGUCAAUGAACUUAAAAAGGCUGGAUCUGAUGUUAUCAACAAAGUUGAUAGAUCUAAGGAUGAUGAAGAAGCUGUUAGGAGACAUAAAAUGUUGGAAGCCAUUGAGCGCGAGUUUGAAGAGUUACUUGCAGCUGCUGCUGCUGGAUUUGAACAACUAAAGAUUGAUGAUUCCACCCAAGGAAUAGAUGAUGAACAAUCUGCAAAGAGACAAAGCAUGUUGGAUGAGAUUGAACGUGACUUUGAAGCUGCUACAAAGGGUCUUGAACAAUUAAAGGCUGAUGAUUUAACAGGAGUCAAUGAUGAAGAACACGCUGCAAGGAGAGAAAAGAUGCUAGAAGAGAUCGAAAGAGAGUUCGAAGAAGCUACAAAAGGUCUUGAAGAACUAAGGCACUCAACCUCAAGCACAGAUGAUGAAGCACACUCUGCAAAGAGAGAGAAUAUGCUAGAUGCAAUUGAACGCGAGUUUGAAGCUGUUACCAGUGGUCUUAAAGGGCUAAAGAUUAAUGCUCACACUGUCAAAGAUGAAGAUGAUUCAGAAAAAGCUGCCAAGAGACAAAGUAUGCUAGAUGCAAUUGACCGCGAUUUUGAAGCCGUUACUGAGAGUUUUAAGCAACUUGAAGAUCUCGCCGAUAGCAAACAGGAGGGAGACCAAUCUGCAACGAGGCAAAGUAUGUUGGAUGAGGUUGAACGUGAAUUUGAAGCCGUUACUGAGAGUUUUAAGCAACUUGAAGAUCUCGCCGAUAGCAAACAGGAGGGAGACCAAUCUGCAACGAGGCAAAGUAUGUUGGAUGAGGUUGAACGUGAAUUUGAAGCUGCUGCAAGUAACCUGAAGCAGCUAAAUCUUGACGACUUCACAGAAGGAGAUGACGCUGCACAAUCUGCAAAGAGAAAUAGCAUGCUUGAAGCUAUUGAACGAGAGUUUGAAGCCGCUACAAAAGGACUUGAAGAGUUAAAGACUAACGAUUCAACCGAUGGCAAGGAUGAUGAUGAACAUGCUGCAAGGAGAAAAAGUAUGCUUGAUGCUAUUGAACUCGAGUUUGAAGCCGCAACAAGAGGCCUUAAUGAGAUAAAGAAUGAAUCAAAACAAGAUGAAAACAAGAGAAGCAUUAUGUUGGAAGCAAUCGAACGCGAAUUUGAAGCUGUUACAAUUGCAAAGACUAAUGGAGAUGACUCUGCAAAGAGUACGUCAACCAUAACUGUAGCGCAGAAAACUUAUGCCGGAAACAGUGCUGGUUUAGAAGGUCUUCUAAAGCCUGCAGAUGGUGUAUGUGGUUGUUUUAACCAAGACAAAGAUGGUCUUAAGGCAGACACAGAUUCUUCGAUUAACAUAGCGGAGAUACUCGCUGAAGAAUCCAAAUCCCAGGGCUCAGAGACUUCUCGCCUCACCAUGUCAUUGAACAAUCUUGUUCAUACCCAUAGAGAACAAACGUCCUCAAAGGUAAGCUCAGUCCUUGGCUCAUCAUCGGUUACUUCUACCACAAGCGAAUCAUCCGCUACAUCAGAGAGCAUAGAGGGAUUGAAGCUAACCCUAAAGAAGCUGCGCGGUCUAAGUGCACGUGAUCUCGUAAACCAUCCAAACUUCGAUGAGAUUAUAGCAGCCGGUACACGUUACGAGGUACUCAGCUCAGCUUCUAUUGGUUACAUCUCUUUGCUAGCCAAAUACAAAACCGUCAUUAAAGAAGGACUCGAGGCUUCUCAGAGAGUCCAGAUUGCUCAAACCCGAGCCAAACUGUUGAAAGAAACCGCAAUGGAGAAGCAGAGAUCCGUAGACUCGGUCUUUGCAUCGGCAAAGAUCACGGCUCAACGUGGAGACGCGUUGCACAUCAGAAUCGUUGCGAUCAAGAGACUGCUGGCGAAGCUAGAAGCAGAGAAAGUGAACGUUGAUUCAAAGUUUACGUCGUUGACGACGAGUCUGUCACAGCUUCUCAAGGAGGCUUCCCAGGCCUACGAAGAGUAUCACGAGGCGGUGCGUAAGGCAAAGGACGAGCAAGCGGCAGAGGAAUUUGCACUAGAGACGACCAAGAGAGCAGAACAGAUAUGGGUUGAGUUUCUUAGUUCGCUUAAUUGAGCUAAUGAGAUUCUUGAUUGUAUUUAAAGCACAUGUUCAAUUAGUUGUGGUUCUUGUGUUUUAUUUCCUGGUCUUGUUUUGUUUGAGACUUUGUUUGUUGGUUAUAUCAGGUGAGAGAGGUUGAAAGAUCUUUGAGAGAGAGAUAAACUGAGAAAUUUGUUACAAAAUAAUGUAUUAGUCGAUCGUCUUAUAAUAAAACUUUUU